GGACGGGCGCGGGCCGAAGCUGAGCGGCGGCAGACACAGGAUUCCAGCAACCAUGUCGAAGCACCACGAUGCAGGGACUGCUUUCAUCCAGACCCAGCAGCUGCACGCUGCCAUGGCAGACACCUUCCUGGAGCACAUGUGCCGCCUGGACAUCGACUCAGAGCCCACCAUCGCCAGGAACACCGGCAUCAUCUGCACCAUUGGCCCAGCCUCCCGUUCAGUGGAGAAGCUGAAGGAAAUGAUUAAAUCUGGAAUGAAUGUUGCCCGCCUCAACUUCUCUCAUGGCACCCAUGAGUAUCAUGAGGGCACAAUCAAGAACGUGCGAGAAGCUACAGAGAGCUUUGCCUCUGAUCCCAUCACCUACAGACCUGUAGCUAUUGCACUGGACACCAAGGGACCUGAAAUCAGAACUGGACUCAUUAAGGGAAGUGGGACAGCAGAAGUGGAGCUGAAGAAGGGUGCACAGCUCAAAGUGACUCUGGAUGAUGCCUUCAUGGAGAACUGCGAUGAGAACGUGCUGUGGGUGGACUACAAGAACCUAACCAAGGUGGUAGAUCUUGGCAGCAAGAUCUACGUGGAUGAUGGUCUGAUUUCUUUGGUGGUUAAGGAGAAAGGCAAGGACUACGUGCUGACAGAGGUGGAGAACGGCGGCAUGCUGGGCAGCAAGAAGGGAGUCAACCUGCCCGGUGCUGCCGUCGACCUGCCAGCAGUCUCCGAGAAGGACAUCCAGGACCUGAAGUUUGGCGUGGAGCAGAACGUGGAUAUGGUGUUCGCUUCCUUCAUCCGCAAGGCCGCCGACGUCCACGCCGUCAGGAAGGUGCUGGGGGAGAAGGGGAAGAACAUUAAGAUCAUCAGCAAGAUCGAGAACCACGAGGGCGUGCGCAGGUUUGAUGAGAUCAUGGAGGCCAGCGAUGGUAUUAUGGUGGCUCGCGGUGACCUGGGCAUUGAGAUCCCUGCUGAAAAAGUCUUCCUUGCCCAGAAGAUGAUGAUUGGGCGCUGCAAUAGGGCUGGCAAACCCAUCAUCUGUGCCACUCAGAUGCUGGAGAGCAUGAUCAAGAAGCCUCGGCCGACGCGCGCCGAGGGCAGCGACGUGGCCAACGCGGUGCUGGACGGCGCAGACUGCAUCAUGCUGUCCGGGGAGACCGCCAAGGGAGACUACCCGCUGGAGGCUGUGCGCAUGCAGCACGCGAUUGCUCGCGAGGCCGAGGCUGCAAUGUUUCACCGCCAGCUCUUCGAAGAGAUUUUGCGCCUCAAUGUUAACCAAAGGGACCCUGCCGAUGCCAUGGCGGCGGGCGCGGUGGAGGCCUCUUUUAAGUGCUUAGCUCCAGCCCUGAUAGUUCUGACCGAGUCUGGCAGGUCUGCACACCUGGUGUCGCGGUACCGCCCGCGGGCACCCAUCAUUGCCAUCACCCGUAACGACCAGACCGCGCGCCAGGCCCACCUCUACCGCGGCAUCUUCCCUGUCCUCUGCAAAGAGCCGGCCCUGGACGCCUGGGCGGAGGAUGUGGACCUCCGCGUCAACCUGGGCAUGAAUGUUGGCAAAGCACGUGGGUUCUUCAAGAGCGGCGACCUGGUGAUCGUGCUGACGGGCUGGCGCCCCGGCUCCGGCUACACCAACACCAUGCGUGUGGUGCCAGUCCCCUGAGCAGCUGCACACCUCCCUGCCCCCAUCCCCCUUCUCCCCCUUUCCCUUUGCCUUAGACCAGCCAUCGCUUGCGCUGUCCUUGUCCUUAGAGUGGGUGUAGGUUGCUAAACACUGCCCAGUGCAGCAGCAGCAGCAGGGGGAAGAGACCUUAAAUCACUAAAAAAAAAAGAAAAAUAUACUUGAAGUGUUUAGGGUUUUUUUUUUUAAUUUUUUUUUUGUGUUUGUAGUUCAAACCUCUCCCCUGUCCCGAUGUAAGUUGGAGUCAGUGUAGGAGGUUCCUGUGUGCUGCUGGGACUCCUCUUAGCCUAGUGACUGUCCUCAGGGUGUUGUAUGUCCCUUUCCUUACCCCUCUGGUGAGGUGUUUUGGGAAGGGGAGAGGUGACUUGUGGUCAACGGUUCCGCUGUAACCCUCCUCACUCCAGGGAAGCUGCUACUCACCCCCCCUCCCCCACAGCCAAACUCUGUCCUGGCCAGAAGUCCCACCCCCUACAGACCAAAUCUGGGGUGAAUCCAACCCCCUCACAGCUAAUUGGGUUUUUUUGUCAGGGGUGGGGGCAGAAGAAAGGUGCUGGCUCCUAGGGCCGUGCUGAGAGCUUCCUCUGCAGCAUCGUCUCGUGUGUUUAGUGUGUUCCCUGUUCCCCCCCCAGAGCCUUUCCCUCUCUCUCCACGCUCUACUGGGCCCCUGGGGUGGCAGAGCACAAUUGUCCAUCAAUAAAGAAGCUGAAG